ACAAAAAAUCCGAUGUUAUCGCCACUCCCGGAACUUAACCAGCAUAAACGGAGGGUGGAGGGUCUAUCCCUCUUUCUUUUCUCCGUUUCUGGUGUCAAACGCAUAUUGGCUCCUCCACGGUCUCCUGCGCUGCAAAACCCGUUGAGCCAGGAGGGGCGUGCGGUGCGGGAGAGUUCAGGAAAUCCCACUCCUUUGACUUUUCUCUCGGGCGGCGUGCAAUGCAACAAGCAAGCAAGCAAGCAAACAUGGACAAACAAAUCCCCGCCGGGCCAACACAAAACUUUCGUUGCUUUGGUUGUUGUUAUUAUGGGACUUUAUUGGCCAUUCCUUGUUGUUAUCCCAAAGCCCACCAAGGGGGGCGUUGAUUUUUCUUCCGCCUCUCUGAUCAGAUCGCUGGCAAUUCGUCCCUAGUUUCUCCUGUUGCCGGGAUAAAAGGGAAAGCCAGAGCCAAAGAAGAGUUUACUUAUUUUCCUUUUCUCCAACACCUAGAUUUCCCCUUCUGCUGCUGCUGCCGCCGCUGCUGCCGCUUCUUCUUCAUAAGCUGCGCUGUUAUGAGCGAAGAUAGAAAGGUCAAAAGCAUGGCGAGGGAAAAACGACCCUUCCUUCUGCAAUGGCGGGCGAGGACGAAGAGGGCCGGAUAGCUACGACGACAACUCCUCUGCUCUUUGGCCCCUUUACUCUACCCUUAUCACCGUUCUUUCUUCUCUCCUCUUCCUUUUUCUUUUUCUGACCCACAAAACUCCAUUUCCUCUCCUCGUCUUCUUCCUCUUCUUCUUUCUUUCCUUGUCUUUGUGAUCUACUAUGGGGAGUCGGUGGCGGAAGGCAAAGCUCGCCCUGAGCAGUCACCUCUGCGCCUACGCCCCGCGCACCCAAGAGGAUGCGCCUGCCGCCGCCUCCUCCUCCGCAGCGGAGCCUGUUGAACCCACCCGGCGCUCCGACUCGCGAGCAUCUUCUGACCUGGAGUUCCGGCCGUCUACGCCUACGCCUUCAUCGUCCGGCCUGAGGCUGUCCAAGUUCGGUAGCAGAUCCUCCAAGAGGUUCUGUGCCAUAUGCCUUGGCUCUAUGAAGCCUGGACAUGGUCAUGCUUUAUUCACAGCAGAGUGUUCACAUGUCUUUCAUUUUCACUGCAUUGCUUCAAAUGUGAAACAUGGCAAUCAAGUAUGCCCUGUUUGCCGAUCAAAGUGGAAGGAGAUCCCGUUUCAGGGACCUGCUGCAGAGGUUGCUCAUGGCAGAUCAAGAAUUAAUCCAUUGGACUGGCCACGGGAUGAUGGUUGGAUGACCCUUGUCCGUCGCCUUCCACCUCCUCGCCCUCGUUUAGAUUCUGGACGCCAAUUCAAUGCCGUGUUUCAUGCUCCUGAGCCAACUGCAUACAAUGAUGAUGAACCUUUAGAUUCCUCACUUUCUGAACUGCUCAUAAGAGAUCAUCUGGAGAACAUAGAAAGCAUAGCGAAAACCGUGGAAAUGAAUACGUUUGUGGAGUUGCCAGCUGUUCCAGCUACGGAUUGUCGUGAGAGCUUUUCUGUAUUAAUCCAUUUAAAAGCACCUGCUUCAAACUCAAGGCAAAGCCAACAAAAUCAGGGAUCAGCCUUUCAAUCUCAUCGUGACCGAGCCCCUGUCGAUCUUGUUACUGUGCUUGAUGUAAGUGGCAGCAUGGCAGGAACCAAGAUUGCUCUUCUCAAACGUGCGAUGGGUUUUGUCAUUCAGAAUCUUGGUCCAUCUGAUCGCCUUUCAGUUGUGGCAUUCUCCUCCACUGCUCGACGUCUCUUCCACCUUCGUCGGAUGAGUGAUUCUGGACGUCAGCAAGCUAUGCAAGCUGUAAAUGCUCUGGUUUCAAGUGGUGGUACUAACAUUGCUGAAGGGCUGAGGAAGGGUGCGAAGGUUUUGGAGGAUCGCCGUGAAAAAAAUCCAGUAUGCAGCAUUGUUCUUCUCUCUGAUGGACAGGAUACUUACAGUGUGUCUGCUGGAGCCAACCAAAACCGGCAGAUGCAAACUUUUGAUUACCAGACUUUGCUACCAUUUUCAAUUAGACGCAAUGCACAACAAGGCCAGGCUCAGAUACCUGUUCAUACUUUUGGGUUUGGUACAGAUCAUGAUGCUGCCUCAAUGCACUCAAUAUCUGAGACUUCUGGUGGCACGUUCUCCUUUAUUGAAGCUGAGAGUGUCAUUCAGGAUGCAUUUGCACAAUGUAUAGGUGGUCUUCUCAGUGUCGUGGUUCAGGAGUUGCAGGUGUGGUUCGAGUGUGCGAGCCCUGGUGUAAGUAUCAAUUCAGUUCAUGCUGGUAGUUAUACUAGUAGGGUCUCUGACCAUGGGCAGAGAGGCCUUGUAGAUGUAGGUGACUUGUAUGCUGAAGAAGAAAGGGAUUUUCUAGUUGAUGUUCGGAUUCCAGCAAGCAGCAUGUCGAUCCUCUCCCAUCCUGAAGUGGUGGUUCUGAAGGUUGGAUGUGUUUACAAGGAUCCAGUUCUGCAAGAACUGGUUAAUGUUGACAUGGAUGGAGUUGUAAUCCAACGGCCAGGAAACGUAAGCCCCCAACAGAAUGUUGUGUGUGUCGAGGUAGAUAGGCAGAAAAACCGGCUAAAGGCUGCUGAAGCAAUGGCUGAAGCUCGGGCACUGGCAGAGCAGGGUGAUCUUGCUGGUGCAGUGGCUUUGCUUGGCAAUCAAAGGUGGGCAUUAUCGCAGUCUGUGGCUGCUCAGGCUGGAGAUGGGCUGUCUCUAGCACUUGAUGCAGAGCUGAAAGAAAUGCAGGAGAGAAUGGCAAGCCGGCAAGUUUAUGAGUCAUCUGGAAGGGCAUAUGUCCUCUCAGGUUUGAGCUCACAUUCUUGGCAAAGGGCAACUGCACGGGGUGACUCAACGGACGGUGCAAGUGUUGUUUAUGGCUACCAAACUCCUUCAAUGGUGGACAUGCUAAUGCGCUCCCAGACAUUAUCUGCGGCAAGCAGUCAGCAGAAUCGCCCAUCACGGCCACAGAUAAAACAAUCCCGGUCAUUCACGGGGCCUCUACUGCCUCGGUAAAAUUUCAACUUUUUCCUGUGAAAGUUGAUCAAUGUCCACUUGAUUUUCCUUUUUUCCUUUUUGGACGUUAAAUCAGCUGUACAUCUUGCUAAAUUUGCCCGAAGUGUUUGUAAAUGAAUAAGGGGAAGGUGAAAGCCAUGAUGGUCUGAUGAUUUAUUUUUGA